GUCCAUCCCUCUACCUCUUCUCUCCUCUCUUCGCUCUGUGCGCCGCGCACACGUACACGCGCGCGCGCGCGUUGAGCGUGUGUACAUCUGGUGGAAGCGCUAGCCUACCGUGCUGUGCGCGACUCCGGCACUUCCCGUCAAAUGACACGGGACCGCGAGCAGCAGUAUAAGCAGCGCUAACCGUCGCGCGACCACGUCGAAGCGCCAGUUGUCGUCUGCACCGGGACGCGAGAGCAUUGUUGUAUACGCGCUCAGAUGACAGUGCUCGUGUAAUAUAUUUUGUAUACACACUUAAGUUUGGAUCGUCGGAGGAGACGAGAGUUCUUUAUAGAUUUUUCGAGUUUUUAAUUUUUUUUUUUGUUCUUUUCGUUCUAUGAUCGCGGGGAAAGAGUUUUGUGACACAGGCAGCAGUGGGGAGAUGGUAACAGCGGCAGUGCGCGCGUGAUGUGUCCGUUACGCUCUAUUGUUAGACCCCGCGCGCCGAUUUGUAUCGCUGACAAAGUCGAUCGAUUGUCGCGAUCGCGCGGCGCCGAUGUGUGCAUGUGCAUCGUCGCUCAUUAAAUAAAACAAAGGAAGAAGAGAGAACUGUAGUGCGUCGCAGCAGCGAGAGCUUAUCUCCAGUUCGGAAAGCCGUAAACAAUAAUCCGCGGCUUGGCAAAACAAACCACGCAGUCGCUCAUACGCCAUCGGUAUACAUAAACAUGACGACGCGAUCGCAGUCGAAGUCGAAGCGUCGACCGGACUCGCCGACUCCACGUCGUGCUCGGCUCUAUGAAUGAAAGUACACCAGCACUUGCAUCAUAGCUCCGUGGAAUAACGAGCAGCCAUGGAAGAACCGUUCGGCAACUCGAGCAACUCGAGCAACUUCGUGGGAGAGGAGUACCUGGUCGAUCCGCUCAAGGCGACUUUCGGCCCGGUGCGGGACCAGCUCUACGUGGUGAUUCCCAUCAGCAUAAUUUACGCGUCGAUCUUCGUGACGGGCACCGUGGGCAACAUAAGCACCUGUAUCGUGAUCGCGCGCAACAAGUCUAUGCACACCGCGACCAACUACUAUCUGUUCAGUCUCGCCGUCUCGGACCUGUUGCUCCUGAUCUUCGGGCUGCCCUCGGAGAUCUAUCAGGUCUGGUACAAGUACCCCUACGUGUUCGGUGAAGCUUUCUGCAUACUGCGCGGCCUGGCAGCCGAGACCUCGACCAACGCCUCGGUUCUCACUAUCACGGCAUUCACGGCCGAGCGUUACGUCGCCAUCUGCCACCCCUUUCUCUCGCAGACCAUGUCCAAGCUCUCGCGAGCCGUCAAGCUCAUCCUGUUCAUCUGGCUGGUGGCCCUGGUGUGCGCGGUGCCGCAGGCCCUGCAGUUCGGCAUUGUCAGCUACGGUACGCCCGAGGCCUUGAUGUGCCAAUACAAGCGUCAGAUACUUCAGUUCUCCUUCGAACUCUCGACUUUCCUCUUCUUCAUCAUACCGAUGACGCUGAUCAUGGUGCUGUACAUACUGAUCGGACUAAAGCUCAAGAAGUCGACGCUGAUGAAGAGGAACUGCAGGCAGCAUCAUCGGAGGUCCGAGAGCACAAGAGUCAAGGUCGGAAGCUCUAGGAUGGACAGGCACUGCAGGCACAGUCGGUCCACCAGGAGAGUGUUGAAAAUGCUCGUUGCAGUUGUAAUCGCUUUCUUCAUCUGCUGGGCGCCUUUUCACAUGCAACGACUGAUCGCGAUUUAUGGAAAGAAGAACGUCUACACUCUGGAUAGACAUUAUUGGAUGGAACAGAUUUAUUUAAUUCUCACGUACGUGUCUGGCGUACUGUACUACGUUUCGACGACAAUCAAUCCGAUCCUGUACAAUAUCAUGUCGAACAAAUUCCGAGAGGCAUUCAUGGAGACACUGGCGCGGAGUUGCAGGAUGUCGCGGUUCGUGAUGCCUCGCGAGCGACGUUCCUACUCCAGUCUCUCGCGCUCGCAGCAGCGCAACCCGGCCACCUGUCCCUCGAGGACGACAGCCGUCAGCGGUGGCACAGCCCUGGCUCAGGACAGCACCGACUGCUCCGGAAAUUCGUUCCGGGAGGAGCACCAGGAUCUGCGCGCAGGUGCCAACAUAGCCGAGUACUCGAGCUCUGAAACGCCACCGCCGCUGCCACCGUUGAUUUACGGGAGCAGUAAACAGUCCUCGAGAAAGAGCGUCAUCACCAUUGAGAUAGGAGCUAGCGACACUAGUCUCUCGAUCAUGUCGGUGGGAAAUGCCCCGGGCCAGCCCAGAGGCAGCGGAAAUGCCGGUAUGGGAUCGCACUUUGUCGAGCUUAACAGACAGACUGGUAGGAAUCACUCGAUUGGCAAGGAGCUUCCAUCGCCUGGAUACGACAGGUGUAUUAGGAUGACAGGUUCGCCGGCGCGGCCUUUGCAGCAGAGCAGCGUGGUCAAUUGCCGGAGCAAGCCGAGCCAAACGGCGAAUUCUAAGAAGAAGUGGUGGCGACUUCUGGAUUGGUUACCGGGUCUGAAAAGCAUCCGAACCUCCCGCGCUCUGACCAGGCCUAACCAGGACAACAUAAUCGCGGAGCUGGAUCAACGGCUGCCCAAACAGCCCGACGAUUACUUCAUGCAGCUGCACACGUUCAAAGCUAAAGACGAGUCCUGUCGGCCCGUAUGAUGAAGCCAGCAGCUCGAUUCGUCCUAGUUCUCCAUUCACGAAGCUGGUGUUUCGUCGUUUGAUUGAAAACGCGCGCGAGAGGAGUCUGUGGAAAUUCGCGCUGGAAUAGGCGCUAAUACGGGAGCUAUAUCGAACGAGGAUCGAUGAUGCUUCUAUUUUUCAGCACUAAAUGCCGGAGCGAUUGAUGACAAUCGACUCGAGCCUCAAAUAGUCUGCUUUGUUUGAAUCGUGGAUUCAGUGUUGUUCACGUGAUCUUUUGAUACACAAGUCCAUUCUCUGGACGUAUACAGUGAGAUACAUCGGUCAACGAAAAGUUUAUAUUAAAAUGUUCAAAUCGUGUAUUAUACUUUUUGGGGCUGAUGAUUUUUCGUACCUUGUUAUAUUACGAUCGGCAAAACAACAAAAAAUUUAGAAAUAUAACUUACGAUCGCAGAGAUAAGCUUACGAAAUCGUAGAAUACCAAAUUAAUCAAUAUCGUUACCGAAUUAACUAGAAUAUCUGAAUGUUGUAAGGAAACUUAAUUCGUCACAAAUUACUCUCAGUUAAGUGUGAUUCGGAAUGUAGUAAUGAAUAUAGUAGAAUAUUAGAAAGUUGAAUUCGAUGUUAUUGCUAAAUACUCGAGUAUUUUUUUUAUAUCUUACCGACUUUACAUCGCAGCCAAUCAUACGCCCUGUGUUAUGAUUAUAGGUUGAUAGAUUUUGUACUUUCGCGGGUAAAUUUCUAAUUUUUAAAAGCUUUUGCCUUGAAAAUACUGAUGCUAUAUAGACAAACGAGUAUGGGUCACUUCCAAGUUAUAAUACUUCAUUAAGAAUAAAAAACGGAAGAUUUGAGUACGAAAUUUGGAUUUUCAGAAAACUACGGUGACAAUAAGCCUGCGGAAGGUCAAUAUGUAAAAAAGAUGGGUCAAAUUAUUCCCAAUAUGUACAAUUGUACAUACAUUGAAAUGCCGUAUUAAGCUAGUCGAUGAUAAUUUGAGAAAUUAUGGUCUCCACGCUUUUGUUACUAAUAAUAAAAUUUAGCAACGAAUAGAAUACUUCUCAAACUGUCACACUAAUCGAUAUGGUUGAUACAGACGAUUAUAAAACUGUAAUUGUAAAUGAAAAACGAGGGAAAGUUCGGAUUCCUUUAAAUGCAACGAUCUCAACUAAUUAUACCUUGCAAUUGUUGUAUAGUAUACCUAUUAUAUUACAUGCGUGUAUAGAUGUACUUUAUAGGGUUCUAAGUGUAAGAAAUAUUUUUUUUACGAAUUUCUACAAUCAUCGUGCUAACGAUUUAAGUGAGAUUAAAUAUUUAUGAAAUUAGCUGUUCACUUCUUCACAUAAUUUCGUAUGUGUAAGUUUGAAUUUUUUUAUAAUGAAAAAUCUUGAUGAAAGAUGUAAAAAGUACCAUUUUGUAAUGUGAGCGCAUGUUGUCUUAGAAGACGAAAAAGUUGGUGCCUAUGUGCAAGUGGUUGAAAUAAACGACAAAAUCAAAAUUAAUUGUAGAGGUUUGUUAGAAAUUCGUGAAUAUCGUUUUUAUAUUUAUAUAAUUUAUUUGGAUGCUGAACAAUAAUCCAAGUGGAGAUAAGAUGUCUAAGUAAUAUAUGUAUAAAGCAACUGAUCCUGAAUCUGUGAUAUUAUACGUUAUGCAUGUAUAGUAUAAUUGCGUUAAUCCGAAUAUAAACAAAGAUUUUUUUGUCGUACAAUCUACAUAUAUGUAAUGCAUCAAAAUGUAUAUUAAUUAUAGAUUACUGUAUAUGCGCUAGCUUUUAUCAACAAAGAAUGUUAUCGAAAGAACAUAUAAUUACAUUUCGUCAAAGAUCUAUUGAAAUUGUUUACUGUACCCCGCUAUUGCAAUUUUUCAUCUUCAUAUUACUAUACUUUUACGCUACUGUAACAAUUUGAGUAUAAAGUUUUGAUAAUUUUUUUUUUUUUCGAAUGGUAAGAUAUUUUAUAAAUAAUCAAAUACCUGUACCAGGUUCAAACGUGCAGCCAUUAUUGAACUUAUUUUGAGCCUUUUUAAAUUAAUAAUGCUACAUAGAGCUUCAAAGCUUAAUCAGCCUACUGCGCAGAGAUCAUAAAUAAAUAUUAAGACAGACAUUGAUAAUAUAGCUUGGGAAACUUUUCGCCUAAUUAUAGAAGCCGGAGAUUAUUUUGAAGAGGUUUAGCUUAUUAUUACUGUGAAUUCACAAAACCAUAUUUAAAUUCGCUAUUUUUGAUAUCAGCAGCUGUAUAGCGAAACGAUCGAUAAUUUGAUUCAGCAAUCAUUCACAAAUUUUAUUUUGACAGCUGGCUUCUGUGCAGAUUUUCCCGUUUGUCGAUCGCUAAGGUCAUUCGAUGGAGCUCCAAAUAUAACCAGAACGUAAAAGUAAAUAAAACAACUCGUGAAUUGCUAGUAUAUAAGUAUGGAAAAUUCCAGUGGCAGACAAAAUUUACUUUGCUUGAUACAAGCAGAGUUUUUUUUUCUAAAAAGAGAAGUAAAACUUGAAUUUAUCAAUUGAAGUUCUAUAAGCCCAUUGGAAGUUACAAAUUAUAUGAUGCAUGACUAAUAAAUAUUUAUUCAGAAGUAAAAAUACAUACUUCCAAAAAAAAAA